AUGAUAAGAACAGAAUCGAUAGAUUUUCAUAGUCAUUUACCACCUUAUAGAUCUUUAUUGAAUCCAAAUGCAAGAUAUGAUUAUAAAACUCAUAAAUUAAUUCCUUUAAGUCAAAAUGAUUUAAAUUUUUUACAUUCAAUAUUUAAAAAUGGUGGUAGAUCUACACCUUUAUUAUUGGGGAAUACGAAUAAAAAUAACAAUAAUAACAAUAAUAAUAAAUACAAAAAUAGACAUUACCCAAGUGAUUCAAUAAGUCGUAAUGGUUCACAAUAUAGUCAACAACAAAAACAAAAUCAGAAUCAAUGCUCACUACAAUCAAAGUCAAGAUCAAGGUUUAAUAACUCAAGCUCAUACUAUUAUAGUCAAUCAAGGUUUGGAGAACAACAAGACUCGAAAUCAAGUCAAUUCAUGGGAGAUAUUGAGGAUAACUCAUCUAACUCGAUAAUUAAUUCAAAUGAUAUACCUCCUUCAACUGCAUCUUCAUCUUCAUCGAUAAAGUCAAAUUCAACUUCAAAUUUCAUAUUCGCAAACAAUAAUCGUAACAAUCAUCAAUCCACUCCUUUUAAAAUGAAAUAUAGAAGUUUAUUAAAUGAUGUUGGUAGAACUAUUUCGUUAAGAUUGAGUAAUAGUAAUUUGAUUGCUAACUCUCUUCAACACUCAUCAGGUAUAAAUUCAGUUUCAAGAUCAAGCACCAUAUUGGGAAACGCAAAAUUUACGUCAAUUACAAAUAUUAAGGAAUUACCUAUUGAAAUUCUAGAUUACAUAUUUUAUUUCAUCGAUGAAAAAUCUGAUUACAAAAACUGUCUUUUUACCUGCAAAUUAUUUUAUUGUAUGUCAAAACCAUAUUAUUAUGAAAAUUUAGAAUUUACAUCUACUUAUAGAUUUGCUCAAUUUAUAUCUUAUUUAAGAUUGAAUUCAGAAAUUGGUCAAUAUGUUAAGAAAAUUGAUUUAUCUGGUAUAAAACCUGGAUAUGAUGAAGAUGCAGAGAAUGAAGCAAAUCAUUAUAAUGAUAUCAUUGGAGAAAAUGAUGAAGAUGAGAUUGUAAGUUUACCUUCCAAUAAAACUUUGGCAGGCUGGAGAGAUUGGAAAUUUAAAAAUAAUCCACUUUAUACUAUUCAUCCAUCACCCAAUGCAUUAUCCAAAACUAGAUCAAACGCUUCAUAUUCUCAACUACUGAUUGUAUCAUCCAAGUCAAAUUCUUCACAAAAAUCAUCUUCCUCCAAAAAAUUUUCUAAACCAUUCAAAUAUUUGAAAUCAAAGAAAAGACGUAGAGCUUUUAACAAUGGCCCAAAAACAAGAAAAACUCCAAGAUUGGAGUAUUUAAAACUUCCACCUAACUCAAUUCCAACUGGAUCAGACAAAAUUUCGACUCCUCAUCCAUUAAUCAAUAAAUUUUUACUUAAUUAUUCUACAUCAAAAGAUGUUCCUAUAGGUUAUGUUUUACAUUUGAUCAAUUUAUGUCCCAAUAUCACAAGUUUGAACCUUGGUAAUUUAUCAUUAUCCACUGAUUAUGAAAUCUCAAGGACUUCAAUUCAUAAAUACCAAAAUUUUGAUUUGAUGAACAAUCAUCCAAAAGAUCUUUUGACAAAAAUUGACAAUUGUAUGAAGUUUGAUGGACUCGAUACUUUGUGUUCUUUUGAUGGUAAUAGUAUAUUUAAUAGUCAUCAUCUUUUUUCAUUCAAACCUCAUGGAUCUAAUGUUUCAACAGCUUCCUCGAUUUAUUCAGUCACUACAUUCACAAAACCAAUAAGAAAAUAUAAUAGUUUACUACCUCCAUUACCACAAACUGUAUCUGAUAUAUCAUAUUUAAAUAAAGGUGACGGUAAAGUUUACCUUUCAGAUUUAAAUUUAAAGUCAAUAAAUAACUCAUAUUUGAAAAAGAAAGAUGAAAGUGAAGUAUUAAGAGCAAUCACCAGAAACUACGGUAAAAGAGUUCUUUCUUAUAACUAUGGUUUGAAUCAACAACAACCCCAACACCAACAACAACCAAUUGAUGCUGAUAUUUCAGGUAAUUUAAGAUAUUUAAACUUGUCAUCAAUGAUUUGGCUUAAUCGUACAUUGAUUGAGAACUUCCUUAAAAAGUUAUUAACUAGAAGGUCAAACAAUUUAUUAGCUUAUGGAUUUUAUGAUAAUGAUGAAUUUUCAAAUUAUGACAUGAAUGAUGGAUCUGGAGAAGAUUUACUAAAUUCUGAUAUUAAUUCAUUAUCAUCAGAACUGGAUUCAGAAGAUGAAAAUAAUAAAGUUCAACCAAUUGUAUAUAAACAAGAUUUAAUUAUUGAUUUAACUGAUUCAGGAAUGUAUAAAAAUUUAUUAUGGGCUAAAAAAUUAGAUCUUAAUACUUUAGAAGGUUGUAAAUUAGCUAAAAAGAUUAUUUGUAAUGAAUUAAAAACUCCAUUUGAGGAAUUUAUGAUUAGAGAAAGAAACAGAAGAGGUAGAUUAGGUGAGAAUUAUUUAGCUUGA